CCUACCGUUAUGUGAUCGUUUGUGUGAUAACUGCUACAAUGGAGGAAUCUGUCAUCCUCAAUCAGGAACGUGUAUCUGUCCUCCAGGAUUCAUGGGCAAGAACUGUUUAACUGCAUGCGGGAAACACCAAUUUGGAUGGGAAUGCGAGAUCGAAUGUGGUGUUGGUAAUGUUCUGGAUGCUUGCAGCGGAAGUCAGAUCUGCCUACCCGAUCCUUAUGGAUGCAACUGCCUCUCUGGUUAUACAGGAAUAUACUGCGAUGAACAAUGUACUCCAGGAAGGUUCGGUGUUGACUGCCUUCAAUACUGUCACUGUGCUGGAGGGAUGCCAUGUGAUGCUUUCACUGGAAAAUGUGAAGGAAGCUGUGAGGAUGGUUGGUCAGGAGAAGGCUGUCAAGUUCCACCCAUUUGUCCUGUUGGUUAUUAUGGAAUCAAUUGUACCGAGUUCUGUAACUGUCCAGAUCUGUCAGAAUGCGAGAAGGAUUCUGGAUUCUGUACAUCAUCAGAGGGACAAUGUGAGAUUGGGUUUGUCGCUGAAUCACCAGAAAAGCCAGACAGAUGUGCUACAUUUGCUGGAUGUUUCGAGUCCUGUUCUAAGACAUGUCACUGUGCUGCUACCGUCACGUGUGACGAUGAGUCGGGUUGGUGCACUUCAUGUCAUCCACGAUGGUCGGGAGACAAUUGCCAAAUAGAUCGUUUUACCGCUACUAGAGAAAAGACGAAUCCAGGCACGGCAAUCAUUUCUUGCACAUUCGAUGCCGAUUCAGACGGUAGCCUCUCCAUGAGAGCUUCUAUUGGGGACUUCUCAGCUGAGAGUUUUGUUACUGCAACUUCUACUGACACAAGCGAUGGAUCAUCGUUGCAAUCGAACUUUACACUUUCCAUUGAUGACAUAGAAACUAAAACAAUUUACUGUUUCGUUGGCAAUUCAACCAGUGACGAUGGAUUUGCUUAUAUCAGCUUGCUCCCUCAGGGGACAUUUGUUCUUCCGGUCUUCAACAGCAAGCCUAGGUUAGCGGAGCAAGGCUACAAUUAUCUGGUUAUUGCAUGGGAUUCUUGGAACCCUGGCGUUGAUGUUGGAGAUGGCCCUGUCAUCGGCUACAACGUAUACGUUAUCUCUUUGGAUGGAAACGGUACAGUCACCUUUAUUACCGCAUCGGGUGUCCCGAGAGAGAUGAGUACUUCAAGAAGAAAACGAGAAGAUCCAAAAUGGAUAAAUUCUCCAAUGGUUGGACCUCCAAGGAAUUUGCCAUCAAGGAAGAAGAGACAAGGGGAUGCAGGAAUACUGAUGCACAACGUUACCGGUCUGGAUGAUGGUCAGUCGUAUCAGAUUAAGAUUUCAGCAGUUCGUGAUGGCCUGAACGGUGAAGGCGAAAAGGGUCCUGCUUUGAGUGUGACCACUCGCGAAAUACCUGUAGAAACGCCUAUUGGUUCUUCUACUAUUGGUCCCAUCGUUGGUGGCGCUAUAAGUGGAAUAAUCAUCCUUCUGUUGAUUGCCGGCCUGGUGAUCAUAGUAAAAAUAAGAAGGUAAUCGAUGUGUCUCUACUGUUCCCUUAAAC